UUGUCUUACUGAUACAUGUAUUCUAGUGAAGCCAGGUGAAGCUAAACCAUUUUCUUUCUCAAUUGUUUUGCUAGAAUCUACUGUUCACGAAAGUCUAAGGGUAUUUCUGACAGAGAGAAGUUGAUCUGUGUUGCAAAAGAAAAUUAGAUAUGUAGCGUUAGGUUAUGUAAACAUAACUCCAAAGGAAGGAGGCUUACCAACACAAAAAUGUUAGUAACAUCUACGUGAAUAUCAAUCUAUUGAAGUAAUUCCACCAGUUAAGAUGGAAGAAAAGCAGUAUGAAUCUCAGACGAUUCCCAUGGAGUAUUUUCAGCAUUGGUACCAGUCCACUCAGCAGUUUCAACCAGAGUCCGUUCUUCAGUACAGCCCAAUGGUUAAUGCUCUUCAUUACCAGCAGGAGCCCAGACAGGACAGAGUCAUAAAUGAAUUGGCUGUCCAUAAAGAUCGAUAUCCAGUUCAAGUUCAUCACGCCCAUCAGCUAACUGUCCAGCCUACAGCUCUUGCAUCCACUCACGAAAAAGGGAAGAAGCGAGGACGACCACCCAGACAGAAGGCUGAAGAGGAGAAAGAACAGACAAAUGCAGAAGAUGCUGCCAAAAAACCCAAAAGAACCCUGGACAGGUUUAAUGGCAUGUCAGUGGAAGAGGUCAUGGCCAAAAAGCUGCCAGACAUCAUCACCUAUAAUCUGGACAUUCUGAUAAUUGGCAUAAACCCGGGAUUGUUGUCAGCAUACAAAGGACGGCAUUACCCAAAUCCAGGAAACCAUUUUUGGAAGUGCCUGUUCUUAUCUGGGCUCACAGAUGAGCAACUGAACCAUAUGCACGAUCAGACUCUGCCAGAAAAGUAUAGCAUUGGCUUCACUAAUAUGGUAGAGAGGACUACACCUGGGAGCAAAGACCUCUCAAAUAAAGAGAUUCGAGAAGGAGGCCGACAACUUAUGGAAAAACUACAGAAAUACAAGCCACGAAUUGCAGCCUUCAAUGGGAAAUGCAUUUAUGAAAUAUUCUGUAAAGAGAUUUUUGGAGUGAAACCCAAGAACGUAGAGUUUGGACUACAGCCCUACAAAGUUCCAGACACCGAAACAGUAUGUUACCUAAUGCCAUCCUCCAGUCCACGCUGUGCUCAGUUCCCUCGUGCUCAGGACAAGGUUCAUUUCUAUAUUAAGCUGAAGGAGCUCAGGAACCAGCUCAAAGGUUUGCUGCCCAACCAUGAGAUUCAGGAGACCCAAUACAUGUUCGAUUUGGCCAUGGCCAAGGAGGAUGCUAAAAGGAUAACCAUCAAAGAAGAACAUCAUGAUCCUUCUUAUGAGCAAUGCUCGGCUAGCAGGACACAGCAGGCCUGCAGCUUCUGUCCUGCUAACGAUGGAGAUGAUCACCAUCCAGGUGCUACAAAUUCAGAACAUUCCUCAGCAUCUGAACAUGUUAAGUCUAACCUGACUUGGACGAUGCAGCCAUUUGCAGACCAGAUCCCAGACAUUGGGUGGGCUCACAAUGAUGAGACAUGUUGAUAUCACUGACUGCUCAAAGGAAAUCACUUUUACCUUUCAAGACCACAUAUAUAAUCUUGGCAUUUCAUCAUGUUUCUUUGCUUUGUAUAACUCUGAUCACAGAUGUUUAACAAGGCCAGUGUCAUUUUUCUGUUAAUGUCUGUUAUGAAUUAUGAAUGCCUAUGUGAUUUUAAAUAGAACAUAGCAUGCUGUAGGUUAAACAUCAUCUUCCUCUUCCGAUCUGUGGACAACGUGGUUAAAAAACCCUGGAUCUCUGUUACAGCAGACAAAGAUACAUUGUUUAUGCUUCCCAAAACAAUCUCAGGAUUUUGGCCUAUAUAUAUGUUUACACUUCAGGUCAUGUAAGACCUUAAUGCAUGGUUGGGUCUACUUGGACUAUAAUCCACUGUACCUAAUCAUAUGUCUUGAUGCUUAUUUAAGAUUUUUUACUGUUACCUCAGUUGUUUGGUAUUAUGUAUUUAAUACUCUUAUUUGCACUGUAUUGUCAUGUUCAAAGACUACAAAAAAAAAAAAAGUUUAAAGGAGGGCUUGAACUACACUUUUUUAGGGUCACAUGACUGCAUAGUGUAUAGGAGCUUUCCAUAUUCAAGCAUAGGAUUUCAGCUCAUAAAGAAUGAGGUGAAUAUGUUAACAUGCUGUUUUCAUGCUGUCUUUCUGUAUGGAGAAAUAACACUUGGACAUGAGAGCUCUGAAUCUCAGAACUGUUUACUGACUUCAAACUCUUCAAGUCACCUGUGUACAGCACAGGUUCAUAUUCCAUUGCAUCCAUGCUAUAAUGAAUCAGUUACCCUUGUUACACAGGCAAUAAUUAAACCAUGCAGUGAUGUGGACCUAUGCAACUUAAGUGUAAGAACCCUGGGUUAAAUUCUUUGAUACUCUGCAUUUACAUGGGAAUUUGAUGUAAAUGCUUUGAGAAUUGGUUUUCUGCAGUGUUUUACAUGUACAGAUGUCUAUCAACCUGAUACUGUACAUACUAUUUAUAGUGUAAUUACUUGGGCAUUAGAUGAAAUGUACAAUUUCUAAGCAUAUUAAGGAAAAGAGUUGCUCCAAGUCUGUUUGAUUAAAUUUGAUUAAAUAAUAAUAAGCUGGGCUGUUAAAUGUACAAAUAAAACGUUUGACUCAU